GUGUUUUAUUUACUCUCGGUUCGAUGUUUUCAACCAGCAGCUGAAUUUGAGUCCUCGGCUUUGGGACCCGUCAUCCUGAGUCGCCGGCGCUAGGACCCUUCGGACAUCUUCCUCUCCUCUUUGUCUCCACUGGUCGGACCCUCCUCCUCUUCCUCCUCCUCCUCCUGCUGCUGCUGACCGUCCUCUGUGUAGCCUCAUUCCGCGUCUCUCUCCAUCCGCAGCGGUGUGGAUGCUCGCAGGGACAGAAACAUGGCCGUGAAUCUCGCGCAGAACAGACUGGCCGUGCUGACCGCCUACCAGGACGUCAUUGACGAGACCUCCGACACCGACUGGGCCUUGUACACAUAUGAAGAUGAGAGUAAUGACUUGACCCUGGCAGCAUCCGGAGGAGGCGGUCUGGCAGAGAUCACGCUGACCUUCGACAACGGCAGGGUGAUGUACGGCUUCUGCAGCCUGAAGGACCCGACUGCCGCUCUGCCACGAUACAUCCUCAUCAACUGGGUAGGGGAAGAUGUGCCGGAUGCCAGGAAGUGUGCUUGUGCCAGCCAUGUUUCCACCAUCGCAGACUUCUUCCAGGGGGUGGAAGUCAUCAUUAACGCCAGCAGUUUGGAGGACAUCGACCCGUUGGCCAUUGGGCAGCGACUCACCAACGGGACGGCAACGGUGGCGAGUCCCGUCCUGAGCCGUCUGAAAACCAGAGAUGAAGAGCACGGAGACGUGGGCACCGUGUACCAGAAAACCAACGCAGAGGUGGAGAUGAAGAAAAUCAAUAGAGAGGAGUUUUGGGAGAAGGCCAAGCGUGAAGAGGAGAUGAGGAAGGAAGAGGAAAAGAAGAAGGCUGCAGAGGAGAGACAGCGUUUUGAAGAGGAGCGAAUGGAGCUGGAGAGGAAGGAGCAGGAGAACAGAGAGAAGAGGUACCGCGAGAGGGAGAGGCAGAUCGAGGAGCACAGGUUUAUCCAACCUGUUAUGGAAGUUUGCGAGCAGAAGACAAUGUGCAUGAAGAAACUGCAGGAGGAGGAGGAGGCCAGAGAGAGGUUGCAGAGUCAGACCACCAUAGUGACAGAACCGAGCAUUGAGGACCUGAACCUGAACAAGAAGGAGUCUGAGGUAGAGGAAGCCAAGGCCAUCAUCGCUCAGCGGUCAGGAAACCCUCGAGAGUUUUUCAAGCAGAAGGAGAGAGCCAUGACCAUCAGUGUCGACACCUCACCCGUCUCCAUCCACAGGACUGGCCGUUUGGACAGCCCGUUCUUGAGGCAGCAGCACAGUCCCAGCAGCCCCAGUACGACUUCCCCGCUUCGGGGUGUGUCGCCCCUGCGCACGCCGCCGCAUGCACGGACGCAGCCCGUCGCUGCAGCCGCGAGCACAGAGCGCAGCAUGGUCGCAGUGUCCCCCAUUCCUAAGAUAGUCACCACACCGAUCAAAGAAGACUUCACCAGCGAGGAAGAUGACAAGUGGACAAGUGGAGACAAGUGGGAUUCGGUGCCAAAGCAGGAGCAGAGCCCCCCUGUGCAGGAGUCCACGCCCACCAAGCCUGUGCAGAGCGUCGCCCCGCAGGCCCGUGACCCUUCCGGCUUCUCCCCGUGGGACUCCGGGACAGACAGCCUGGUGGACCUGUGGGAUGGCUGCUCCGCCCCCACCGCCAACCCCACCCAGACCUCCCAGUCUUCCAAUCUAGUGGACCUGAUGGGCGACGGCGACGUGCUUCAUGACGAUGUCCCACCCAACAUCGCCGCUGGAAGCGGCCGGCCUCAGCCCCUCCUCAGCUUCGAUGAGAUGAUGGACGGAACGUUCUGCUCGGGCACCGGCGCCGAGGAUGACCCCUCCAGUCUUGUGGACGUUGCAGGCUCUGACCAGAUGACCCUCAGCUACCAGCAUGCAUUGCAGCAUGCCUCCGGGGAGGGGCCGGAGCUGGAUGAUGGACAGCUGCUGAUGACCAAUGGGGAGAUGCGGCUGAAAGAAGGGACUCAGGCAAGUGAGGGCUAUUUUAGCCAAUCACAGGAGGAGGAAUUCGGCCAAUCAGAGGAGUCCUCAGCUAAACCAGCACCUGUCUUUUAUAACAAGCCUCCAGAGAUUGACAUCACGUGCUGGGACACGGACCCUGUGGUGGACGAGGACGACGACUAGCCGGCCGCUCUGGACCGAAAGGACAGAGGAAGUGCGCUUCAUGAAGAAACAGAUGUUUUUUUUCUAAAAAACAAAAACACGAACAAAAGAAAAAAAAAAAAAAACUACUAAUCAUAACAAUAAGUCUUGCAUCAAAACUACUUCUGUAUCUUUUAGAGAAAAACAGUUUGAGUUGUGAUGAAGAUGUCUGAAAGGCUCAGUUCUGAUCUGUGUUUCUUUUAUUUAUUUUUUUUCUUUCAUUUUGCUAUGCAGGUGUAAUAGAGUUGUGAGCGAGGGUUUUGUUUGUGUACAUGAUUUUAUCACACGUAGCACUGCUGCAUAUUAGAGACAGUGAAGCCCCGUGUGCGGCUGCAGCCCACGCCGUUAGUCCGUAGUGCUUUAAUAACACCUUAUAAAACUAAUACCGUGGAUCAAUACAGCUGCCAUGUUUCUCUCCACUCUCUUCUUUUCUUACCUCCUUCCUUCUGCUUUCCUACAUAGAAAUAUUCACUCUGCCAGUCAGUUAAUCUUGUAUUAGACCUCACGUUCAUGGGAAAAAAGACUUGUUGGAAUAUUUUAUUUAUUCUGGUGUAUCCGAACUGAAAUUCCUUCAGACACGUCUGUGGCUCCUUUUUGACCUUUUUCACUCCUUUUGUAUGAUUUCAAGACUGAGUUGAAAAUUAAAUGGCUUGUCAAUCCGA